UAGUAAAUGCUUUUCCACAGCUGCUCCAUCUCUCUCUCUCCUCUCACCAGCUCAAAAAUGAAAAGGAAAAUUGAAAAAUUAGCUGAGGAGAAAUAUUGCCGAGCAUGCUUUCAGCCCUUGAGUUAUUGAUUUGUUUGUGGGGUUUCAAUUCAAUAUUUGUUAGCUUUGCUGCUUGAAAAGAUCGAUUUCGAGAAUCUGAAAUAGGUUUGUAGCCUUAAAUCGGGUUGGUAUUGCAAUGAUGGAAGAGAUAUCUCCUGCAGCAGUCGCGGUUACAUUUGGUUUAGGCAAUCCUGUGUGCGAGAAUCCCGCGAUUUCAAGCCAUAUGGAGAUUGCUCGACUCAAAUUAGUGACGGAGACAGCAACCUUGCUGUCUGAUCCAGCGUUCAGCUGGGAUGCUGGUUUUAAUCGUGUGAAAACUGAGGUGGAUGGCAUGUUAGACACGACAACGGUUAACGAGAGCAGCCAGGCGGAAGGUAGUAAUGUUCACGAUAGUGAGGAAGACGAAAUUAUCUUGUUUGGAGGGGACACUAGCUUUAUAGGUGGUGUAGAGUUGCUACCCCUACAUCAUGGCUCGAAUAUAUCUGUGCCGCUUGUUUCUGCUUCAGAGACAAGUGUGCCAAUCGCUGUUGAGAUUGAGGGCGUGGAGAAUGGCCAGCUGGUUGCCAAGGUGAUUAGUGUGGAGGAGAAAGGCAUGCCAACGGGUGAAUAUUCGAGUGGACCUGCAAUUAAAGAAUCCCUUGUUUCUGUUAAACUGCCCUGCCAGAAAAACCCGGGCAAAGGCAGUGUUAAGAGUGUUUUUGAGCUGGACUGUGUGCCACUCUGGGGGUCAGUGUCAAUAUGUGGACGUAGGCCCGAGAUGGAAGAUGCUCUUAUGGUCGCACCGCAUUUCAUGAAAAUCCCGGUGAAGUUAUUUAUUGGUGACCAUGGAAACGAUGGAAUAAGUCAGACUCUGAAUCAACUGACGUCUCAUUUUUUCGCAGUUUAUGAUGGCCAUGGUGGAUCUCAGGUUGCAAAUUACUGUCGUGAUCGUAUUCACUGGGCUUUGGUGGAGGAAUUGAACGAGUGUAAAGUGGUAGAAGGGAGCACCAAGGACACUAGGCAGGUCCAGUGGGAGAGGAUUUUCACAGAUUGCUUUCUAAAAGUCGACGAUGAAGUUGGGGGCAAGCCGGUACAGGGCAGCCCUCAAGUGGAUAUUGAAGAGGAUUGCAUUGUCGAACCGCUUGCCCCAGAGACCGUCGGAUCAACUGCUGUCGUUGCAGUUUUGUCAUCAUCCCAUAUUAUAGUUGCGAAUUGUGGAGAUUCAAGGGCUGUACUCUAUCGUGGUAAAGAAGCAAUCCCGUUAUCAGUUGAUCACAAACCAAGUCGAGAGGAUGAAUAUGCUAGAAUUGAGGCAUCAGGAGGCAAGGUCAUAUCGUGGAAUGGCCAUCGUGUUUUUGGUGUUCUUGCCAUGUCAAGGUCUAUAGGUGAUAGAUACUUAAAGCCAUGGAUCAUACCCGAGCCAGAGGUAAUGUUCGUCCCUCGGAACAGAGAGGACGACUGUCUCAUCCUGGCCAGUGAUGGGCUGUGGGAUGUGAUGACAAACGAGGAAGUGUGUGAAGUGGCGAGGAAACGCAUUCUGAUCUGGCACAAGAAGAACGGGACGGACCCGUUGGCAGAUCGAGGACAAGGUAUCGACCCGGCGGCCCAAUCGGCAGCGGAGUACCUCUGCCAGAUGGCCCUGCAGGCAGGGAGCAAAGAUAACAUAUCUGUAAUUGUGAUAGACUUGAAGUCUAAGAGGAAGAUCAAAACCAAACCUUGAUUGAUUCUCCAUUUCCACUGUAGCUUUUACAUUAAUAUUUUCUCAUUUUUACAUAAUCAGUCCAUAUGGUUUUUGUCUUCAUGGACUUGAAAAGUGUGCAUGAGGAUGUUUCUUAGUAAUGUAAUAUAGAAAAAGAGAGGAUUACUUAAUUUAGGAACCUUUUGUGUUU